AGAAGACGCUGCCCACAGCAGAAUCAUGAACAAUGUUCAACCUCAGCAGCCUUGUGCAAAAGGCUCAAUCGCUCAUUGACCCUACGCAAGCCUUGAAUAUCUCUGCAUCCGACCGUAACCCUGCGAAAUCCACUCUCUUCCGCCAUCAGUUCCGACUGCCCGACUCCCAAACACCACUUCAAGAGAUCACGGCUGAGCUCACAAUCUCGCCACCGAUUACAUACUCUCCAAAUGCCACACAGGGGGAGAAAGAUAGAGAUCGAGAUAGAGGUUAUCACUAUGCAGGAAAGCUUCAUUUAAGCGAAUCCUACCUCUGCUUUUCGACCCAACCUACCAGCUUCCUUCAGACCGCCAGUACCAGCACGUCCUCGGGAUUCACGGGACAAACUCAUGGGGCAGGACCUGGAGGAAAUGGAUUUACACUUCCUCUUUGUGCUAUCAGACGUGUAGAGCGGUUGCAUAGCCAAAGCUUCCAAUUUGCAUUGGCCAUCACAACAUGGAAUGGAGUCAGCAAUACCUCUUCCAAUGAAACUUCGAAAGCCCCAAUAAGUCAGCAGAAGAUUACCAUACAGCUGGCAGGAAGCCGGCAGGCUUGCGAAAGGUUUUGUGAUGGGUUGAAGAAAGGCCUCAAGAAUGCUGUAGCAGAUGUGGGGAAGUUGAAGAGAGUCGUGGCAGAAUGCUAUUCCGAAUACCUUCUCUCGGGUGAAAAGAAAUCGAGCGAUCCUCCAGACGCUGGACUUGGCAUGAUAUUUCGAUACCCAGGCGAUGCGAGGAAGCUACGGGAUAGAAGCAAGAUGCGUUUAUGGGGAGAGUACCUUCGAGAAAACGGGAGAAACGUCACGCUGAUUCGGCAACCUACAUUUCACAAGCUGAUCCGGGUUGGACUCCCAAAUCGACUGCGGGGAGAGAUCUGGGAGCAGACGUCUGGAGCAUUAUUCUUGCGGCUGGAGGAGCCUACACUAUUCGUAGAUACCCUCGCGAAAUACGAAGGACGAGAGUCUCUUGCAAUUGAUGAGAUUGAAAAAGACCUGAAUCGAAGUCUUCCGGAAUACCCAGGGUUUCAAGAUGAACGGGGCAUUGUGCGGCUGAGGAGGGUUCUCACGGCAUACAGUUGGAUCGACGAAGAAGUUGGAUAUUGUCAAGCCAUGAACAUUGUGGUGGCCGCUCUUCUCAUAUACAUGUCCGAAACUCAGGCUUUCUUCUUGCUACGCACGUUAUGCGAUCGAUUACUACCUGGGUACUAUUCGACUACGAUGUACGGCACCCUGCUGGAUCAACGGGUGUUCGAAUCCCUAGUAGAAAAGACAAUGCCGAUAUUAUGGGAUCAUCUGGUCAAAUCGGAUGUUCAGCUGUCUGUUGUUUCUCUCCCAUGGUUUUUAUCGUUGUACAUCAAUUCUAUGCCCCUGGUGUUUGCAUUCCGAGUUUUAGACGUUUUCUUUUUAGAGGGGCCAAAAGUACUUUUCCAAGUUGGCCUUGCGAUUCUGCGAAUAAAUGGCGAAGAGCUGUUGGAUGCAACGGAUGACGGUGCAUUCAUAUCAGUUUUGAAGGGAUACUUUUCAAAGUUGGACGAGUCAGCGCAUCCCAAAUCCGAAAAUGCAAAGCUGCGGGCAGUCACUCGGUUCCAAGAAUUGAUGGUUGUCGCAUUCAAGGAAUUUUCCGGGAUUACACAAAACAGCAUCUCGGAGCAGCGUAUGAAGCACAAGGAUGCCGUGCUGAACAAUAUCGAGAGCUUUGCCAAACGGACUUCGAUUCGUAAUCUGGGACCAGACAGCAAGCGCCUGAGUGUUGAAGACCUCGGAGCUCUGUACGACAGAUUCUAUGGGAUUUUGUAUGAGCGUCAACAACGAAGUCAGAUGAUACAAGACGAGACCGAGAGGAGAGAAAAGGCCAGUAAAGCCAGGGCCGCUGAGGUGGUGACGGGCUUGACUGAAACUCAGAGUAUCGAAAAGGGACGAGUUGGCUUGGGACCCAGCCCCACUCUCAUGGACUAUGAUGGGUUCCGGGAAUUCCUUGCAGGCAUCUCAAAAUGGGCCAUCACAGAUUCUCCAUCCCCUCCAGAAAGAGAUGUUGCGUCCGAACGAGAGAAGCACUCGUACUUUGGCAAUAGCAUGCGCAGGAGGGAAGUUUCCCUGUCACCUUGGGGCGCUGGAAAUCCAGAGCCAGCUGACCACGAAUUUAUGAGACGACUAUUUCGACGAUGGGAUGUGGGCAUGAACUCGGCGUUGACACUCCAAGACGUGGUGACUGGUAUUGCACACAUCAAAGGCAAAGGAGAUAUUAUGGGUAGCAUUACAUACUUUUUCGAGCUUUACGACGACGAUGGUGAUGGGAAAGUGGAUCGGGAAGGGAUCUUACGCAUUUCCGAAGCCUUGUUGUUCCUCUCUCGCCGCGGCCUGGAUGGAUCCUUAACACCUUCGAGAUCAAUGGUCGGACUCAGCGAAUACGAAGCGGGCAACGGAAGCCUUGAUGUUUCCCAAGGAACAACAAACGAGCGGUUUCUGAGCAGUGUUAGUGCAUUUAUCAGACGGUGCUUUGAAUAUGCCGAUCCAGACCAUCCACAGAAUCAGGAAGACGAAGGAUCGAACACCAAUGGAGCAGAAGACAAUGCAUUUGGAAUUGGUGAUGACAGCGAUGAGGAAGAAGACCUCCUGGAUCUCGGUACCGAGAAGUCGCCCAAGAAGAAAAAGUCCUCCGGGAUUCCCACCAUUCCUCCUCCCACAGGAGUUCCAUCCAAUGGCCAACGCCGAACAUCAAAAGCUCACACAGAGGCAGCGAACGCUGCACUUGAUCCAUCAAAGCCUCUUCAUAUCACACUUCCUACCUUCCGCAUGGUCGUUCUGGCCGAUGAGCUUCUCGAACAAUUUUUUGAAUCUUCUUUCCCAGCCUCUUUCCGCAUCUCAGACAAACUCGUUCCCACGGGCCCUACAUCCUCCUCUUCUAGCCUCACAACUUUCUCCAAUAUCGGCUUCGGCCGCUCAGCAACAGCUGGUCAAGGCGCUCUCGGUGGAGUCGGAGGUACCAGUUCCGCAGGCGCUGUGCCACCUGGGAAAGGCCUUCGUGGAGUCCUUGACAACAUCGUCACAGAUGGAAUGCGCGUCGCAGCCGAGGUUCGCAGACGCAUGGACGAGGCCCAAAAGGAAAUGGAGAAGAAUGCCGUCAACCGACCCGCAGAAGACGACGAGGAUGAAGAUGAGCCUUACGAUACUCGUACAUCAGGCGCAUAUAACGGGGAUGCAGAGCGUCGCAGUGUCCGUUCGGAAGAUCGCGAUCUCCUCGAAGGUGCCGAUGCAGAAGCUGGCAGCAUUAAAGGGGAUGCAGUGAGCGAAGUCAAGCAAUCAACUCUAAACCCAACAUUCUCAACCGGUGGCGCUGGUGGCAGAGUCAGAACCGCAAGUACCGCUACGCAGAAGGUCGUGGAGUUUGAGCAGUGACGGAGCAUGUAUUUGGCUGUUGACAUUUUGUCUUUGUAGUUAGGAGAAGUUUUUAUACUUGUGGGCGGGGAGUGGCGUGGAUGGGUACUCAGCCAGCACAGAGCGGAUUUCGGCUUUUUGGGAUGGCGUUCGUUUGAUACUUGACAUUGGGAGACGGGAGCUAAGGGGGAUGGGACUACUAGAAGGUCAUCGAUAUGUAAGAAUCUCACAUGCCAUAUCCUGGAAUGCAUUCAUGUCCAUUGACGUCCGCUUCAACAUUGGAACUGGUGCCUUCUCACUGACCAUUCUAUCCCGGAAUAUUCACUGGAAGCCACGCAUAUCAGAACCUGCUGGGAAACAGGUGUAUAGAGUGAAAGCAGAGAGAAUAAUUUUCUUUGAUGCAAGACUAUACUGGUUAUUGGGCGCCCUCAAGAUAAUUUGCCAUUCUUCCUGCACACCUGCAGCCAAAUCAAGAAGUCGAAGCGGGCCUGGUACUUGCGAAGCGAAAUCAAAACAUCGUUUACAACUUCAACUACCUUCCUUCCCGCUUGCCUGUGGUGCCUUCUCCUAACGUCCUACCCAUUCUCAAGACUUCAUAGUAAUAACAUCAAUUCGAUACUGUAACGCGAGGAUAUCUUCGAAACCCUUCUUCGCCUGAGCACAGACCUGCAUACCUUGCUCAAGUGCAUGGAUCCACAUGUUUAUCUGAGUGAUGGCGGGGUUGUCAAUAUAGGGAUGAUAUUGGAUAUCGCGAGCUUGCUUAGUGGAUUCGAUUGGGCCUCUGGUGCCUAUAGAGUUCAAAAUUACAUUCAUAUAGAGGCAAAAAUUGAGGGGUACUCGCAAUUUCCAACAAUCUCCAAGGCUUCCGACAUCUUUCCGAAUGUUCCCUGUUGGUCUGGAUAACUUCUCGAGAUAAUCGAAUCGACUGAGACGGUCACGGUCUCGCUGUUUCCAGUAGUGCUGCAUUUCCGAGAGGUCGAAAAACUUGGAUGGUUGUUGAGACAGUAUCUGUAUGCUGGUCAGGAUUUUCCUCGGUGGUACGCAACGUGUUUGAAAUUCGCCUCACUUGGUACCGUUGUAAGAGAAGUAGCACAGCUUUUGAGAUUCGAUUUGAAGUUGAGCCUCGAAUUUGUCGACUACUUGGAGGAUUUUUGCAUCCGGAGAAGGAAACGAAGUCGCGACAGAUCUUUUAUCCUUGUGAAGCUGGAAUAGCACCCACAUGAAGUGUGUCUAUUUAGUGGUUGAUUGAUAGGGCCAGUAUCAAUAACUCCUACCUAGUAGAAAGAAACAGGGUCGUGACGGACAGGCCAGAGGGAAUCGCUAGCAGUGAAGAGAGGAACCUAAAUGUGGCAAGCCAUGGCAGAAAUCUAACCAGGGGGCAAGCAAGCUCUCACGGAAGCAAAUCAAGGCAGUCGAAGAAAAUCAC